AGAUUACAGAAAGUGCAUAUGCUCGGUUCAAGAGUAAACAAAACAGGCGACACAAACCGAAACGCCGGGACCGUGCGAAGGAACGAGAGAGCACCAUAUCGAAUGGAGAGGAGCUCCAUGCCGAGUCCAGGUGCGUUCACACGACCGCAAGUCCCGCAGCAUCCUACUCUAUUCUCGGCUGAAUACGAUCGUGUUUGUCUACAUUUUCGUCUCGUCGUUGCAGCCGUAUCAGUUAGUAGGUGCGUAGCGGAGGAAAAAGAAAAAAAAAACAAGACCAUAGUCCAGAAAAAAAAAUAAAACCGUGCGGGCGAGAACGCUGUUCAGGAAGAUUAGACCUCAUUUUGCUCUCUUUUGGACCUGUAGCAAGCAGUCUACUACGAUUGAUACACGUAUUGGCGAAUAAAAUGUAGCUGAAUAAAUAAUGCAAAUUAUACCGUAGUUGGAAGUGUGUGAAUUUGUCAAAACAAAACCAGCAGCGCAGCAACUAUACGAAUAAAUGGGCUUGGUGAUAAUGACGUAUUAUACGUUUGAUUAAAAUCGGGUCAAACCCUCGGGCUCGUAUUGAAGAUAACAAAAACUGCGACAGUAAAGUCGGUCAUCACCGUCGUCAAGCUGAAUACUUCUAAUCAGCUAACUGGGAAUCAUUUAUCUGAGAGCAUCAUCGCCGAUACCAACGACGAACACAAGAUAGACGAAAGAAUAAGAGUUACAGUUAUUACACAUCAAAAGUGUCGUGCCAGAAACAGUACGGUUAAAAGUGUUGCAUACGGAGACAACAAAAAAUAAAAAGUCCAAGCCGAAAACCGGACGGACAGGCUCUGGUUGCGGAUGUCAUAGAUAUAGAGUAGGUAGAAACGGUGCAGCAGCAGCUAAUCGACGAUGGCAACGGGAGGAAAAGCAAUCGGUGCAGGAGGAAGUGGUCACAGUCUAACAGUGGACCGGGAGUUUCGGUAUGUCGUUCAGUGGUUCACCGAGUGGAGCGAUUUCCAGCGGGAAGAUUUUGUACCGGUGUUGGCCACCUAUAUGUCCAGUGCCAAUCCGGCCGGGGGACCGGUUUACGUGAACGGAAUCAUUGCCGGAAUGGCGAACGUCAGCGGGCAGGACAAACCGAUGAGUCUGUUCCAGUGUAGGGUAAAACUAUUCAACCAAUGGUCCAGUAAAUGGCCGGAAACCGAGCGGGAGAAAUUGCUGCAGCGGCUGACCGAAAUCGAUGCUAACUUUGGUCGGUUGGUCCAUCAGGAACUGGCCGGAAUCUCACCCAGCAUCGAUGCGGCCUAUCCCGGUGAUCCGGCGGCGACCCCCACCAGCAUCACCACUAGCACCAAUUCGCAAACUAGUUCACCAGUCAGGUCCACGGAGAUAAGCUCGGAGCCCACCGUACCGACAUCCACAACGCGACUGGUCAUUGGAGACGAUUGAAUUGCCGACAGUUUUUGGUUCCAAGUGGUGAUCUUCUUUCCUAAGAACUGACCGACUGUUUUUUCUUAUUCCGAAGAUAUUUAUUUACUUACCAUAUCAUUCCACAUGGAACAUUCGUUUUAUACACAGAAGCAACUACAAACAAACGUAUUUAAAACUGGGAAUCUCAUUUCUGGUUCGGUGAAAACAAGCUUUUUUCUUCUCCGAAAAAGCUUCGCAACUACACAAAAGGAGAGCCGCCUAAAGCGGUUCGGACAAAUCAAAUUUAUGAUAACGUUGUCAGUUCAGUCUUUGCGAGUAGAGUGUGAAAACAAAAAUUAAAAUUAAGAUAAUUUACUAUUUAUCAAGCUGUUAGUUGGUUAAGCUGUGAAAAGCAAUUUUAAAUUUGCCAUAUAACACAACAAAAAAAGAACAAGUUCUCAAUCUUGAAACAAGACAAGUAUUUAAGACAAGUUUAGAGUAGUUAGGAAGUCUCCUACAAAAGGAAGUGAUGGCUUCGAGACAAAAGAAUUUUACAUAGGUUCCGUGUAACUGAAAAAAUAAGAACAAUACUAAUUAGGUUUUGUAAUACAUUCGUUUCUCUUAUGUAUGUAACCUCCCCCCAAGAAGCUCAAAAAACCACUCUACGGUGAGUGGUGCAGUCAAUUGCAAAAGUUGCAUCAACUGAAAAAAAAACGAGUAAUAAAAUUUAAAGUUGUUUCCGGGUGUGUGCACCCAGAUA